AUGGAAUUCGGUAGACUGUAUCAUGGCUACCGGCGUGGCAUGUACAUGUACCCCUGCGAUGAGGCCGAAAAGGAUCGCAUGGACAUCUACCACAAAUUGUUCCUCGUCGCACGGAGAGACAAGCUCCAUUCCGCGCCCGUGCCCACCGACGCGACUUGGGGCCAGCCCCGCAUCCUAGACCUGGGCUGUGGGACAGGCAUCUGGGCCAUUGACAUGGCAGACGUAUAUUUACACGCCGAGGUGAUUGGCAUAGAUCUAGCAAAUAUUCAGCCAGAGAAAAUCCCGCCAAAUCUGAGAUUCCGCGUGCCACGCGAUUACGAGAGCCUCUGGACGCUCGGCGAAGAUUCCUUUGACCUAAUACACCUGCGUAUGGCGUGUGGAAGCGUCUCCAGCUGGCCGGAGCUCUAUCACAAAAUCAUCACACAUCUAAAGCCCGGCCAGGGAUGGAUAGAGCAGGUCGAGAUUGACCUGAAGCCGCGUUGUACCGAUGGAACGCUUCCCCCGGACAGCCCGGUUGUGAAGUGGUACGAAUAUUUGGUGGAUGCUACGCAACGGUCGGAGCGCCCUAUCGCAUACAACCAGAAUACCCGAGAGCUGUUGGAAACGGCCGGCUUCAUUGACAUCCACGAGGAGGUCAUUCGCGCACCCUUCAAUUCGUGGCCCAACGAUCCGCACCAAAAGGAGAUUGGCCGUUGGUACAACUUGGGUCUGACCGAGGGCCUGGAAGCACUGAGUUUCGGUCCAUUGGGUCGCGUUUUCCGCUGGGAUGUGGAUCAGCACAUUAAGCCGUUCCUCGAGACUGUGCGGCAACAGAUAUGUAACAGGAAAAUUCAUGCGUACAACAACAUACACAUUUGGCGGGCACGACGGCCCCAGUAA